AUGUUCCAAAACUUGCUUCAGAGAGGCCGAAGAGCCCUCCCCCUUGCCCUGGCAUCUACUCCACGCCAAACACCUCUCCCGCAAACCACACAAAACAGUACUCGGACACUCUCGUUGACAAUUCUCCCGCCCACCAGACGCCUACCAGCCAAAUCGCUAGCCUUAAAGCUCAUCCAGAACCGCGGCCUGUCCUACUCCGCUCCCUCCCUCGCCCGUGCUAUCCACCCUGACACAGACUCCUUCAUCAAGUACAGCCUCCUCCAGGGCCCGCCCCAAACGGCGAAGGUCAAGAUCUACAAAGCAAAACUGGCAGUCAGGCCGCCGGCGAUGGGCAGGGAAGCGGUCGAGCACAAGAUGCUGGGAGAGGUCGCGAGGCACAUAAGCGCCCACUCCGGCGGCUCCCGCCACCCCUGGAUAGCGAGACACGCCGACUGGACUGCAAAGCUUACGGGUGGCAUCGCAACCGAACCCAGAGCCGGCAACCCGCGCACCGGUACAAAUCAAAAGCCGAAGAAUAAAUCGUCCGGCCCAGCGGGGGAUCCCGAGGCGCCCGAGCCCAUGAGGAAGACUGCGGCGCAUUGCUGCGCUCUGCUUGCCGUCGUCUCCGCGGGCGCCUUGAUGGGAUACCUGAUCCGCUGCUGGGAGACGGGAACGAAGCCUAGCGAGGGGCGAUGGCCAACAGAGACAGAGGAAGCUGGCAUGGAAGACGAGGGCAUGUCGUCGGAAGAGAUGCAAAAGGCGCAUUACCUCGCGGCAGCAUAG